ACGAUGCUCGGUCCAUUUCGAGCCUCGCACGUCAGCUUUAGCGGUCUCCUCUGGAAGACACCAUGGAAACUCUCAGUAACUCGAAAAGCAAACCAAAGGAAGAGGUUAAAACAGGUCGACUCGGUAAUCGAAGCUGUUCGUGCUAGUGGUGUUAAGUGUGCUGCUCUCGACAAAGCUCUCGAGCUACCGAAAGAGCACGAGAUGCCUGCACGGGACAAAUACACUGUCUUCUCAGCUUGGGAUAAAGGCUAUAGAAAGGGCGUGCAUAAGGUGCCGAAAUUCACUAGGCUUACUUUACGAACGAACCCGAAGGGCUUUUAACCCCGUCGUUUUCGGUUUUAGAGCUACAUUCAUUUGUUUGUUUGCUUAUAUUACGCGGACAUACAUUAAUGUCAAUGCAUUACAACAAAAAGAGUCUUCAUGCUAUGGAACAAUUGAACAAUUGCAUAUUCAUC